AUGAGCUAUUAUUCCAUUGAGGGUUCACUAUUCCAUCCAAUUUCUGUUUGCGUAAUCUUUUUGAUUAUUUUGUAUAUUAUAAGACGACCUCGCAUAGGAAUAAAUGAACCACCUUUUGUACCUUACGCGAUUCCAAUUCUUGGACAUACAUAUAAUUAUUUAAUUCACACGAAACGCUUUAUUAAAGAAUGUAAAGGGCAGUAUGGUGACUGUUUUUCGAUUUAUGUAUUCGGACGUGUCAUUACGAUAGCCGCAAGAAGUUCGUUGAAUGAAGUAUUUAAAAAUCAUGAAGACUUUGGUAGUACAGUUCCUGAGUCGAUUCCUUUUCAUAAGUUGUUCCUUUACAGCAAUGGUUUAAGUAAAGAAGUACUUCGUUUUAAUGCUAAGAUUACCAGAGAAGAAAUUUCCGCCAAAUUUGAUGUUUACGCCCCAAUCAUACAAAAAUAUAUCUCGAAAGGGAUCGAUAAAUGGAUUGGGAACUGUGAAGUCUUUUAUGAUACUUGGAUGAGAGCUAAUAAUAUAAUCGCUUUACUGAUUGCUAAUAUAUUGGUUGGAGAGAAAGCGGCGACUCAUGAUCUAGUAAAUUCAUUAGCGAAUUGGUCUUUUGAUUUGGGCAUAUUGGUAGCACUUCCACCAAUAUUUUCUUUCAUCCAUCCGAAACUUCACGAAUUCCUAGUCACAUUACCUAUAAUAUUGGGAUGGAAUCCGAUAACAUCUCAUCGAAAAGUUAUCAUAGAAAAUGUGGGACCAAUAAUCGAACGACGUCUCAACGAGAAAAAAGUAUGGGGCGAGAAUUAUAAACCUUGUAAUGACCUACUUGAAUAUUAUAUAACUCAACCGGAUUUCGUUAAUCGAUUUCAAUAUUAUAUUGACACCUUAUUUAUACUAACUUUUGGUGCAAUCGGAACAACAAGUAGAGCAACCACCAAUGCAUUAUUCGAUUUGGGGGGUAGACCACAAUUCAUGAAGGAAUUAUAUGAAGAAGCAUUACGAAUUGAUAAAGAGUGUAAUGGAUCACCUAAAUUAUCCGACCUAAAAAGGAUGAAAAAGUUGGAUAGUUUCGUUAAAGAAUCUCUUAGGCAUACUGAUGAAAUAGUCAACCUUCCUCAUAUUGUUGAGUCAGAAAGUUACACUUUCUCUAAUGGUUACACAAUUCCAAAAGGACGAACUGUAAAAAUGUACAUGGAAGAUUUAUUAAAGUCAAAAGAAGCGUAUGGUGAGGACGCUGAAGAAUUCAAGCCAUUUCAAUUUGUAAAUACGGACUCUUCUGCGACAAAAAUUGAUCGUUCCUUUGCUGUAUUUGGUGGUGGUAAACAUGCAUGCCCCGGUGGGAAGGUUGACAAUAAACUAGUUAUUGGUACUAUUACAUUACCUCCUAAAAGUGGUUUGGUCUUUGAAAAUAGGCAAAUGUGA